CUAUCUCAGCAAGGCUUCCAAGAAAAAAAUCUCAGAAGUCACGUUAAAAGCAUGGUCUAAUUGUUAGGUUUAAACAUAAAUGAAUGAUCUACUUCUGUUAUUAUGAAUAGAGAGCUAGGCUCACUUCAUAUUUCAUCAGAGUAAAAGAAGAAUUUUCUUUGUUUCAGCUGAAGUCAUCUGAAAUAUGGCAACCAAGAUUUCUCCCGUGUUCGUUACUGCUCUUUUCUUCUUUGCAAUUGUUAACAUGUCACAGACGGCAUUCGCUAAAUGGAACAUAACCAAAAUCUCGUCAUUAAGCGGAAUCACUGGAGCAGAAAUGUGUAGAUCCGGGGACACAUACGAUGCCGUUGAUUGUGGUCCAACAAGUGAAUGCAAAUGUUGUAAUGAGUGGUGCGAAGAUAAAUGCAGCGGAAUGAGUAGUUCAGUGGUUAAACAAAAGCGCACAAAGUUUAUAAACUCCGAAGGCUAUCCUACUACAAACUGUGAGUGUUGCUGCACUCCACCCGGUCAAAUCUGCAAACCCGGCGACAUACAGGAUGUCUAUUUAUGCGGUCCAACACGUGAAUGCAAAUGCUGUAUUGAUUUGUGUGAAGAUAAAUGUAGGGGAAUGGGUAGUUCAGUGGAUUCUCAAAAGUGCACAAAGUUUAUAAACUCGGAAGGUUAUCCUACUACAACAUGUGACUGCUGCUGCAAAGGUUACGCUGCCACCAUCCCCACCACCUCCACCCUUAAGUUGUCCAGCGGAGAUGGAAGUUCAAGUAUCAUUGGAUGAGGCACUAUCUCCAUCGAUCACUACCAACAUCAAGUUCACUACCAUUUGCAAUAAUGUAGUAUUGUUAGGUUUUCGUAUCAGUUUGCUGCUUUCUAGGGAUGCAAGAUUAUUGCAGCUCAUUUCGUAUGUUUUAGUUUAUGUACCUUGAUGCUUGUUUUAGCCGUAUUGUAUUGUUCUUAUGCUGGUUCAUAUCUGAAUGGAAUCUGCCAUAUCGUCCUUGUUUUUGUCGUUUA